UCAAUGCAUUCAGAAGUUUAUGAAAUUAAUACAAGAUUGGUGCAAACCAUUGACCCAAGGCGGGAAGAAUUAAAUCAUCUGUACAAAAUUAGAAAUACAUUAGAAGAUAAUUUCAAACACCAAUCACAAAUAAUAAUUGAAGCGAAAACUGCCUUAGAAAACUCUCUAAAUAACUAUGGAGAUGCAUUGGUGAAAACUGAGUGGUUUGUGAGGGAAAUAGAAACACCUGUAUAUAGAGAGGAAAACAAUGAAAUGCAAUGGGUAGAUGGAUUCUUGGGUAUGGCUAAUAUCAAAUUCACGAAAGAAGACACAAACAUACAUAUACCUACUUUAGUUGAAGAAUCGGACAGAAUUCUUGCAUCUGUUUUGGACAUGCCAUUUCUAAUGAAAGAUGGUGUUAAGAAAAAAGAUUUAAAAGUUCAGUUGGCACAAAAUUUAACAAUCAAUGGCGAGUUGAGAAUUGAAGGUGGAUGGAAGGCGGAAUCUUUGUGUGUUGGUGACAUCAAUGGAGAAUCAUUUAAUGAUUUGUUUCACAGGCUAAUAUACGAUAAGCAAACUAUUCAAUACAAUGGAAAUACUCAGUUUGAUAAAGUGUAUGUUGAUAACUUGUUUGUUGACUUUAUAAACAACUACCCUGUUUCUAAUAUUUUAUAUAAAUCGCCCGAGACGAUAGUCCAAGGAAACUUGAAUUUUUUCAAUGAAAUUCAGUUUGAUCAUGUGUAUGUAAAAAGCGGCGGCACUAUCAAUGAAAUCAAAUUUGGCAAUUUACUUAGAGCCGAUCACAAAAUAAAUCGCUUAUCUUUAGAUGCAAUUGAUGUAUUAACUGAUUUCAAAGUUAGGAAACUUAAUGGUUUUAUCAUUGAUGAAAAUGAACUUUCUGAUGCUACUAACGCUAGACAACAACGAGAUAUUAAUGAUGUCAAAGAAAUUCGAGUUUUGGGUGAUACAGUAAUUGAGAGUAUUAAUGGAAUGAGUUGGAAGAAGUUUAUAUCCAAAGUUGUGUGGAAAAAUUCUCCAAGAAGCUUGAACAAUAAAAUGGUUGUAAUUGGAGAUAUCAUCUGUUCAGAACCGUGCCUUUUACAUAUGCCAAUCAUAAACGAUUUAUCUUUUCCAUCGGAUUUUGUGCUACUUGGUAAAUCUAACGAGAAUAACGAUGACUUUAUCAAUGUCCAAAUUCCUCCAAGACCAUUCGUAAUAGUACCGAAUGCACAAGACAAUUAUAUGGAUUCUGUAAAACUAGGUAUUUUUGCUGAAAGAGGUUCGAGGUCCAAGUACAACUACAAUUCGACGAAUCCUGAGAUUGACAUUUCUGGAUUUAAUCCGGAAUCUCAUUUCAUUACUGGCCAAAAAGUGUUCAAGCAGCUAAAUAUUAAAAACUUAGAUUGCCCAGGUUUAGUAAAUGGUGUAAAUACUGAAGAUGUUAUCACUUUGCAAGGAGAGCAAAAUAUAAAAGGUUUAAUCACUUUUGAAAAUUUGAAAGUGACCGAAGGAUUACAUGUUGGUAGAUCGCUCACUGGAAAAUAUUUGGACAACUUUACAGCAAAUCCCACUCUGAAGGAUACUAACAUAAUACAUUCAAAUGUGAUAUUUAAACAACUUGCAGUACAGGGUCCUAUAUAUGUUCAAAAUAUCAAUGACACCAAUUUGGCUAGUAUCUUAAACGACGUCGUUUACAAUUACGAAGAUGAAGCCAUCAUUCACGGAUAUAAGUAUUUUGAGAACACAUUGAAUAUUAGAGAUAAUCUCGAGUUAACAUCAAAUCGUAUCAACGGAAUAGAUACUGUCGACAUAUUGACUAAAAACACUGAGCAAAUCCUGACAGUUCAAAAUUUACAUGGAGAUAUCAGUUUUCAAGAUUUAACCUUAACUGGUUUUGUUGACCAGGUAAAUUUGACAGAUUUAUUUAUUAGUACUGUAAAAUUACAAGGAGACCAGUAUAUAUCUUCUGAUAUUACAUUUAACGGUAAAGUACAUUUUGAAAAUAUUAAUAUAAAUAAUUUACUGGAAAAACCAGUAGAUGAUCUUAUUACCAUAGAUCAACCGGUCUAUAUAAAUUCUGAUGCUGAGUUUGAUAAACUGAUCGUAGAAACUUUAUAUGUGGAUAAUUUAUUAGUUGAAAGCAAUAGUUUAUGUGGACAAAAUUUGAAGUCAACUCAAGAAAAGUGUUUAAGUCUAACAAAACCUCAAUAUAUAACAGCUGAUUAUCAUGUGGAUUUUGUAAACGCGAAUAAUGCUACCAGCUCGAACAUAAACGUGAUUCCUCCGGAAAUUUAUUUACGCAAAAGACGUAAUGUUACUCAAACAUUGAAUUUAGAUUAUUCUGAAAUUUAUGAGCUGAUUGUUGAUGGAGAAAUUACAACGGACAAUAUUAAUGGAUACAACUUCAAAGAUAUCGUUGAUAAUGCUAUUUGGUUGAAUGAAGAAAAUUUGGUUUACAGCAACUUGCAUUUUAUGGACGGAUUUGAUGCUCCUGAAGUUAUAGUGAAAGGAUUAGUGAAUGGAUACGAUUUUAACGCUUUUGCUAAAGACCUCGUAACGGCUAGUGAUGAUAUAAGUAUACAUGCAACUAAAACAUUCACUUCAGAUUUGGUAACUGACUCCGUUAUAGUAAACAAAAUUAAUAAUAUAAGGAUAGAAAAUAUUUUGACUAAAAAUAACGAACAAAGUAUCGAGACUGAAUUUAUUAUUCAUGGAGAUGUUGUCAUGGAUAAUGCAGAAUGUACCGAAUAUUUUAACGGUGUAUCCAUAGAAGAAUUGAAAAAUCGGUAUUCCUAUGAAGAUACUUUUCAUGUUAUUCAUGGCGAUGCAGUAUUCCAAAAUCUUACAUUCAUAGAUUCCUUGCUAUUAGACAACGUUAACGGAGUAAAUUUGCAUAAUUUUCUGCCAAGAUUGAUUCUAACAACCGAUAACACUGCACCUAUUGAACAUCCUUUAAAUUUCGAGAAUGAUGUAUUUUUCGAAAAUGCUUUGAGAACGGGUACGAUAAAUUCAAUAAAUUUAAAUAAUUUUGUUGAGGACUUGGUUUUUAUUGAUAGAGAAUCAAAAAUAACUUGUCCUGUGGUCUUUGAAAAAGAUGUGGUUUUCGCAGGCGAUUUAAAAAUCGAACGCGAUAUUACCACUCGAACACUGUCCGGUUGUAAUACAGAAUUUUGGAAAGAGAAUCGAAUAAGUAUAAAAGAUGGAGCAAGUAUUUCAGGUAACAAAGUAUUCCUGGAUAUCAAUUCGCCUGAACAAGGUUGGACUGCUCGCACCUUGAAUGGCCAUGAUCUAUCUACUGUUUUUACCUUAAACACUGAUCAAAUUAUUCCUUACCAUGUUAAUUUUGAUAACGUACUCAUUCAAGAAAAUUGCGAAAUAGAAGGUUCCUUGAAUAGAAUAAAUCUAUUAGAUGAAGUAUCCAAUACACUAAAGGUGACGAGUGAUUAUGAGCAAGUAAUAGAAGCUGUCACAUCCUUCGAAUAUGUACAUGUUCGCGACAGUUUAGAAAUUUCAGCACAAAUCAAUUCCAAAUAUAACUUGCAAAAUGUCAUUACUCUAGAUUCUGAUCAAAUUAUUUACACGCCCGGUCACGUAUUUGAAACCGUUUUGGUUCCGAUUUUAGACAUUAAUGGCACCGUUUCAGGAGUCGAUUUCAACGAAUGGACUGCAAAUGCCUUAAGAAGAACUGGUAACGAUCAGACAAUAACUGGUCACUGGUAUAUAGACACAGCUGAUUUUCAACACAAUAUAUUAGGGAAUAAUAUGCUGAAUAAUCGAGAUAUGCAUAAUUUAGCUGAUGAAGUGGCUAAACAGAAAUUUUUACUUGACAUACGUGAAAAAGAGUUGAGAGAUGAAUAUACAAGCUUUUGUUUGGACGUGCGGUAUCUCCUAAAUCUAUCUAACAAAUACCUAUAUCUCCUAAAAUACUUUGAAGAAACUCAGUGUAUACAAGACAACAUAAUAUCAAUGCAUGUUUUUAAAGAUGGCAAUGGAUAUUCUCUGAUCACAAACCAAGGCAGCUGUAAAAGCACUAUUUAUAAAUGGAAUUCUGAUCAAAAAUUAUUUACUCAUGCUUAUUUUUUGGAAACUGGAACAGUGGAGGAUUGGAUCAAUGUAGACGGUCGUAAUGGAAGUAAAUUUAUAGUAUCAAGAUCAGCAUAUGAUUUAGGUUGUGACAUACCGAGUGGGACAAAUGUGUGGUAUAUUGAAAAUAUUGGAUUGAAGCAUGUGUUUAAACUUGGUCCUGGAAUUAGAGAGAUACUGGAUGGUUCUGAUGGAACAUUCUACACAGUUGACGAAUUUGGUGUUAAAGAAUAUGUUCUAGGAAGCUUCAAUAGUGAUCUUCAGAUGUCAGGAAGUUGGAAAAUGUACACAGAUGAAUCAACAUUUGUGCCUCGAGAAGCUGGCUUCGAUUUGUCUUUAAGCGACGGAAAACGAGUAACAAAAUUAUCAAAAACGAAUAACAAUCUGGAUCAAUUAACUCGUAAUAUUUUUGGUUCAGAGCCUGUGAUAGGAAGAUCUUUGGCAACUUAUGAAAUUUCUACAACGGAAUGUCCUUAUUUACCAAAACGGGGAAAUGGUGAAGUUGAAGUUUUGACUGUAGGGUUAGGGUCAUCAUUGAGGCAGAUGGUGGCCGUGUCGGUCCUAGAAAAUGCUACUGUUGGUGGGAACUAUGAUUUUAUAAAGAUAUAUGAUGAUGUCAUGGAAGGAAGAUUGUUCCAGACGUUGCCUUGCCUGCGACCUUCAAGUUUAGUAUCAAUUCACUUCGGACAAGGACAAACAAUUUUGGCUUUUAUUGAGGAUCGAAGUCACAUAAAGAUUUACGAUUAUCGAGGCAUUGAAGGAUUCAUUCAUCUAUACACUUUCAAUAUUCCCGCAACAAGAUUAUCUACGGUUGUUUUACCAAUAAAUAAAGAUUCCACUUCAUCUCGCCAUUUUCUGAUAGCAAGUGGUCCGGAAGGUCUCAGGGUUUUAGAAGCACUGAUGCACGGUGAUAGAAUAAAUAUACAACAAGAAUUACAAUGCAAAAAACCCUAACUAAAUCUUAAUUAAAUACUAAAUGAAGUAAAAAAAUA